AUGCAGGACGACUUGGAAGUUGGAAGCGAGAUACCUUAGGCAAGAUAUAUAUAUCUUCUCAUGGCUAAAGCUUUAUAAAGAAUCCAUCCAUCCCUCAAAUCUCACUGUCGAAUUGUCAAUAAACUACACAAUCUCACCCAAACCACCCAAAGAAAAAAUCCAAGAUGGCCACCCAAAAGCAGUUCAACGUCGGCAUCGUAGGCUACGGCCUCUCCGCCAAAGUCUUCCACAUCCCCUUCAUCGCCCUCACCCCGUCUCUCAAACUCCACUCCAUCGUCCAGCGCAGCCCUUCCCCGGGCAGCAACUCCGCGCCCGAGGACCACCCAAGCCCGGCCGUCAAGCACCACACCUCCCUCGAACCCUUGCUCGCCGACGCGGACGUGCACGUCGUGGUGCUCUGCACGCCGCCCAACACGCACUACGGCUUCGCGCGCGCCGCGCUCGAGGCGGGCAAGCACGUGCUGGUCGAGAAGCCGUUCGUGCCGACCUCGGCCGAGGCCGACGCGCUGGCGGCCCUGGCGCGCGAGCGGGGGCGCGUGCUGUGCGUGUACCAGAACCGGCGGUGGGAUUCGGAUUUCCUGACGGUGCGCCGCCUGAUGGAGGAGGGGGUCUUGGGACGGGUGGUGGAGUUCGAGACGCACUUUGAUCGGCUGCGUCCGAACCCCCCUGCUGCGGCGUCGCUGACGUGGAAGGCGUCGAUGGGCAUGGACCAGGGGGGUGGGCCGCUGUAUGACUUGGGCACGCACCUGCUUGAUCAGGUGUUUGUGCUGUUCGGGAUGCCCAGUGCCGUGUAUGGGAAGUUUGUCAGGCAGAGGGAGGGCAGGCUGGUGAAGGGGUCGUCGGACGAUGAGCCGGAUAGUGUUACCGCGGUGCUCAGCUAUGCGGAUACCGGGUUGGUGGUGCAGGUCCGGAUUGGUGUCGUGAGCGUUGAGACGCGGCAGAUGCGGUUCUGGGUUCGGGGCAGUAAGGGGAGCUAUCACAAGACGGGGCUGGAUCCGCAGGAGGAUCAGCUCCGGGCGGGUGGGAAGGCGACAGAUGCUCGGUUUGGGCGGGAGGAUGAGGAGAAGUAUGGGUUCGUGUGUCUGCUGCGCGACGACGGGACGGUGGAGAGGAAGGUGUGCCCCACCGUCGAGCCCGAGACAUAUGUCAAGUUCUACGAGCUGUUUGCCAAGGCGGUGGAGAGCGGCAAGGAGGAGGAUGUUCCUGUUCCGGCGACCCAGGCGGCUCAGGUGCUGCGGAUUAUUGAGGCUGUGAGGGAGAGCGCGAAGACGGGGAGGGAGGUCUCGCUCUGAAGGUCGGAGCAGCUGUCGGAUAAUCGGGACGAAACCGUGUGUGUAUAGUAUGAGACCACAUUCCCAUCAAUCCC